AUGGCAGAGCGAAUAAAGGUCAAGACGCCCAUGAAGAAGGAGUUACCCAAGCGUCUAGCCCGACUGAAAGCCGCGAACACAGUCGGCGAUUUUGGUUCACUGAGCACGGAAGACGAAGCUUCAAGACAAGAAGCUCACGUGGAGCGUGGACAUGGUGCAAGUACUCCUCGAACUUCGGUUGCGCACAUUCUCGGUCACAUUCGGCGGCUGCAAAAGCCACCAGCAGCUUUCCAUGCCAUGGAAGAAGAUUGCACUGUGACUCAGAGUUGUGUCGGGGGUGGCUGUAUCGCACUCCUCUGCUAA